CUGCAACCUUGGAGAAGCUGCUGCCAGUCUGUGCAGACAAUAUCAAGCUCCAUGGACCAAUGGUCUGACUCGGUAGAAGGCAGUUUCCUGUGUUCCUAAUUGGAGCAGGGAUUUUUCUGUUUGUACUUAUAACUGCUACACUGUGCCAGCUUUGUAUAGACCAGAGGUUCUCAGAUUGAGAAUAUCUGCACUUGAAUGUGUGUGUGUGUGUGUGUGUGUGUGUGUGUGAGAAACACAACAAAAUAGUGGCCCAUUGAGACCCCAAGCAAGUUUCAGGUGGUUCUCCUCCCCUCAUCCCACUCCCACAAAAAAGUUUGAGAAUCUUUGGCAUAGAUCAUUCAAUUUUACCUAAGUAUUAUCUCAGGUAGCUAAUAGUAGUAAUUUGGAUAUUGAGAGAGAAGAAAUGCUUAAAGAUGCCUUUUCUUGGGCCAGAUUAAAGUAUUGUGGGGUUCACUCUCCUGUUUAGACAAAGACUUGUGCUUGCAUGUUAGCAAAAGUCAAUUCAGUAAAGGUUAUCUACUAUUAAUUUGUCUCUGUUGGGAACUUAAUUGAGUAGCAACUUUUCAAAUAGAUUUUUCAAAAUCUUGAUCAAAUAUUUGAUGCCUUUAAAAAGCAAGAGGGUUCCACUGCAGUUCAUUGACAAAUGUUUAAAAAAAACACCACACAAAACAAGUAAAAAUGCAGACCACACCAAACCAUUCUGGGCAUUCCCUGUCUCCAGCAAUGCUAUCCCAAUCAAUCACAGCAACAAGUUCAGCAGAGAUUCAGCCCUCAGUGAAUGGGUCUGUUCCGGAAUCAGCGGUUGACUGUAAUACGUCUACAACUGGUUUGGUGGAUUCAAUGCCUUCUAGCAACUCACAGGUUACUUUCCAGGAUAACAUGGCAAACCCCAAAGAGAAAACUCCAAUGUGUCUGGUAAAUGAGUUAGCCCGUUUCAAUAGAAUUCAACCUCAAUAUAAGCUUCUGAAUGAACGAGGACCUGCUCAUGCCAAGAUGUUCACAGUGCAGCUGACUCUUGGAGAGCAGACAUGGGAAGCGGAAGGAAGCAGUAUUAAAAAGGCUCAUCAUUUUGCUGCUAGCAAAGCUCUGAGUGAAACUACCCUAUCCAAGCCAACACCUAGGCCACCCAAAAAUAAUGUUAAUAAUAAUCCAGGCAGUAUUACCCCGACAGUGGAGUUGAAUGGUCUUGCAAUGAAACGUGGAGAGCCUGCCAUCUAUAGGCCGUUAGAUCAAAAACCAAUCCCAAACUACAGAGCAAAUUAUAAUUUUCGAGGCAUGUACAAUCAGAGAUAUCACUGCCCAGUGCCUAAGAUUUUCUACGUCCAGUUGACUGUGGGUGAUCAUGAAUUUUUGGGUGAAGGGAAGACACGUCAAGCUGCUAGACACAAUGCUGCAAUGAAGGCACUUCAGGCACUUCAGAAUGAGCCAAUACCCCCCCAAUUACCUCAGAAUGGAGAGUCGGGUAAAGAAAUGGAAGAAGAAAAAGAUGCAAACAAGUCGGAGAUCAGUGUUGUGUUUGAAAUUGCACUGAAGCGCAACAUGCCUGUCAGUUUUGAGGUAAUAAAGGAAACUGGGCCACCGCAUAUGAAGAGCUUUGUUACUCAAGUGUCAGUGGGAGAGUUCUUGGCAGAAGGCGAAGGAAACAGCAAGAAACUCUCAAAGAAACGGGCUGCAAUAGCUGUCCUGCAAGAACUUAGAAAGCUUCCUCCUCUGCCUGUGAUUGAAAAGCCAAAACUUCACUUUAAAAAACGUCCCAGAACAAUAUUAAAGACUGGUCCAGAAUAUGGUCAAGGAAUGAAUCCUGUUAGUCGUCUGGCUCAGAUUCAACAGGCCAAAAGAGAGAAGGAACCAGAGUAUCUCCUUCUUUCAGAAAGGGGAAUGCCUCGCCGUCGGGAAUUCGUUAUGCAGGUCAAAGUGGCAAAUGAAGUUACCACAGGAACAGGCCCCAACAAGAAAAUAGCAAAAAGAAAUGCAGCUGAAGCUAUGUUGCUACAGCUUGGCUAUAAGGCUUCUUCUCCACUUCAAGAACAUCCAGACAAGGCAGGAGAAAUCAAGGGGUGGAAUGGACAAAAUGUUGGAUAUCCUGAACCAACAAGUAAUACACCAAAAGGAAUUCUCCAUCUCUCCCCUGAUGUUUAUCAAGAGAUGGAAGCCAGCCGCAACAAAGCAUCCCCUGGUACUACUGUAAUCUAUUUGUCAUCCAAGGAAGUGAGCCAAACGUCUAGUUGUUUCUUCAGCGUAUCUCCUGCCACUAAUAGUACAGCUACAAUUGCCAGAGAACUACUCAUGAAUGGAACAUCCCCGACAGCUGAAGCUAUAAGUCUAAAAGGAAUGCCACUCACCUCACCUUGUUCUACAGUGCAGCCUUCAAAACAGCUAGAAUAUCUGGCAAGGAUCCAAGGUUUUCAGGUAAACUACAGUGACAGACAAAAUGGCAAAGAAUGCAUGACCUGUUUGACACUGUCUCCUGUGCCGAUGACUUUCCAUGGUAUUGGAAGCUCCACUGAAACCAGCCAUGAUCAGGCAGCUUUAAGUGCCUUGAAACAGUUUUCAGAACAAGGACUGGAUCCAGUGGAAGGAAAUAUGAAAGUUGAAAAUGGAUCACUUGAAAAACAAGUCAAGCAUCUGGGAGAAAACGCAGACAAUAAACAGACUAACUCAGGCACCAUUGCUCAGGACUGCAAGGAUUCAAAGGCUGUCAUCUAGGAGCUUCCCAGCACCCGUGGCUGCCACGGCAUCCUUAUAAACCUGUCAACACGCAAUAGGGUGUAUGUGUACGAGGAAAUGAAUGACUAAUACCAUUAUUUGAGUCUUAUGUGAAGACAACACUAUUCUAACAUAAGAGAUGAUAUACAUGGUACUGUUUAUUGAAGUUAGGGGCAACUAAAUAAAAUUCUGAUGGUUUUUCCUUCAAAACCUGAAAAUCUAAUCAUAAAUAUAAUUCAAAUUGCACCAGAGGUAGCAAAAAUCCAGUCAAGCCACUGGAGUUUUAAACAUGAAGUAAUUAACUUAGUCAGGGGUGGAAGUUAUGUUUACAAUUGAUUAAUACUCUGGAGGAAAUAAAAAGUCAACAUUGGGUUGAGUUAUAUGACUUUUUCGUAGUGUAGUAUAAGUUCAGCUUUCCUCUGUCCUUGUUUUUUUUUAAUUAUGCUUGAAUAUUUUAAAAUUAACCAAUGACAGUGCUGUGAGAGUUGUAGUUGUUGUCUUCAUAUAUAAUCAUACAGCUUCUCUUUUUAUGCCAACAUUACGCGAUCUUCAUAGUUUUACAGAAUAUGUUAUGACUGUAAAAUGCACUAUUCCAAGUUGUUUGCAAACUGACGUUUAAAUCAUGACAAGUAUUUGCUUAGACAUGAACCGAUGUUAUUCAUGACCAGUCGCAAUAUACUCCAAGAGAAAGCGGUGAUGGUAUUUGAUUUCCCUUGCCAUUUAUCAAAUGGAAGAGGCGCCUUGCCUCCAAACACUUCCCUCCCUUCCCCUUAAUUCUGCUCUCUGUUGUGUGAAGCACAUUACACCCCAUUCUGUGUUUUGUAUUGACCCACAAUUUGCAUCAACUGAGUGUUUUUAAUAACUGCAUUCUGACCAAGAAUGGCAGAAAGGGAUGGGAAUUUUGUCUAGGAAGAGGGUCGAAAAACGGUGCAACGGAUGUGUGGAAUUCCAGUGAUGAUAGAGAUGGGGAUUUGCACGUGCUUUCAAUACCAGCAUAUUUAAAUUAAGUUUGUGGCCAAAUGCAGUAAAACCACAUCAGUUCAUGUAUACAAA